GAUGAACCACCAGAAAGUACUAUGGACCCGCACAAUGAGAUGUCUUAUCUCAAUACUUGGCCCAAAAAGAUUUUCUUUUACUGCAUAAAGGAGGCGGACGAUAACUGUGGUGGCGAAACACCGUUGGUCAAGAACAGCGAGCUUCUCUCCAAAUUGGAUCCCGAAGUUGUGACGAGGUUUGAUGAGAAAGGUGUGCGAUAUGUACGAUAUCUACCUGAUAAAGCGCACGAUGAGUACAUGAAUUGGCAACACAUGUUCGGCACUGAAGAUAAACAGGAAGCCGAGAGAGUUGCUGAAGACAAAGGGUAUCACGUGAGCUGGAAUGAAACACAGGAUUUAUGUCUUUGGCAAAACAGACCUGCGUCGAUACAGCAUCCGCUGGCCAGAAAUAAAAUUUGGUUCAAUCAGAUUGCCGCCAUGCACAGCUCAUAUUACCAUGCAUUACCCACCUUUAUUGGGAAAGGUAUCCCGGAUGAAAAAUGCCCUUCCCACACAUAUUAUGGAGACGGAAGUCCGAUUGAACCGGAAGUAAUACAGCACAUACGAGUAACAACCUGGUCAUGCGCAGUUGGUUUUCAGUGGCGAACGGGAGACUUACUGGCAUUGGAUAACUUAGCCGUUCAGCAUGGUCGCAUUGGUUACAGUGGCGAGAGAAAAGUACUUGCUUACCUCACUGGCUGAAGUGAAAAUUAUCUGACAUUUGCUUGAUGGCUGAAGUUCUCAAUUCCUAAAUCUUUCGAAUAUAUUCAAAUAUACCCAAAUCUGACUGACUUUUAUUAAAACUUACCUGGCCUGUGUUUUAAGGGAAUGCGCAUAAAGGACGAUUAUUGGCGCCAGAUUACUCCCCCAUCCAUGUCAAACUUUUUAUAUUGCUAUGGUUUGCCUCGUUUGAAGACAAUGGCGCUAUUGUCCGUUAUCCAGAUUUGAAGACAAAAUUUGGGUUGAGGGAGGGGGAGAAGUGAUUGAUUGCCAAUGUACAAAGGGUCUCGCUGACUUCAAAGGUUAGUUGGUUACGACCAAUUUUCUUUCUUGUCUACGCUUCAUGCUGGAAAUUGAUUUUUCUCCUUCCUUCCCUUUUUUCUGAGUCAAGCUUCUCACAGGUACGUUAUUAUCCUGCGUGUAGUUUGCGAUUCCUUUUUUUAGGGGUUUCUAAACCUGUUGUGAGUGGUUUAAAACAAAUUUUCAGAAGUGGAAACCGUUUAAUUUUAUAAGAAAGAUUUCCAGAGUUCUCGUGUCAUCUCCAGUUGAAAUUAACUCAUGCAAACUUCAUUUGUUAUAUUGAAGAUGAAUGAAGAACUUCAUUUCCUAUAGAAAUAACUGACGUUAUGUCUUUUCUUAAAAUUAUAAUGCAUCCUCUGCUAUCCAGACCUUUUGUCUGUCUCUCACGUCAUCAAGUAGAUGAACCGCCUCCCGGUUGGCUCAAUGGAUAGAGCGCUGGACUGUUGUGCGGGAGGCCG